GGGCGGCGGCUCAAGGCAGGGAUGGGCCUGUCCCCUUCCCUCCCCGCCCUCGCUCUCCGUCCCCCGCCCUCGGCCCGGCCUCCCAACUUCGCGUGUCUACAAACUCCGAACUCCCAGUUUCCGCGCCUCUCCACCGCCCGCGUUCUCCGCUCUCUGCGUCCCAGGGUCCCCUCCCAGCGUCUCUUUCCCCCAUCUCGGGGCGCCUAGCCGGGUCAGGAGGGGACCGGAUCCGGCGGGCGGAGCGGCCAGGUGAGCCCUGAAAGGUGGGGCGGGGCGGGGGCGCUCUGGGCCCCACCCCGGGAUCCGGUGACGCCGGGGUUGGAAUUUGACACCGGACGGCAGCGGGCAGGAGGCUGCUGAGGGAUGGAGUUGGGCCUGGCCCCCAGAUACGGCCCACGGGCUCUGCCAGCAGCAGGUCCCUCGGGCCCCAGCCCUCGCUGCGACCCAGGCCCCGAGUCCCGCACCCGCGGUAAGCCGUCCGCUUGCCCAUCCUCUCGUCCCAGUUCUCGCUGGACGCGUCCGGGGCUAGGGGGAGCGGGCAGAAUGGUUCCCCUCCACUCCCUUCCUUGCAUCCUCCCUCUCCUGGGCCUGCCGCGCUGCUGUCCGCCCCUCCCCAGUCCCUUCAGCCCCGCUUGUCGCUUAUCCGACAGCACUAGCCCUGCUUGCCUGCUGUAAUGUGAGGCUCUCGCUGCCGCUACAGGGCGUAGACUGAGUGCCAAGGCCAGGCUUUUGGCUAAAAGAGGUGCUGCCAGGUGCACAGCCCUGGGCAUGAGCCAUUUGAGCUGCCAGGGAAAGCCCAGCACCGAUCCCAGGAAAGGUGCCUAAAAGAACUUGCUGAGGCCCCUGUGUGAGAACAGUCACUGACCUGGAAUCAUGGGGCCCGGUAUCCUGCGAGCAGACAGGCACACACCUUGCCCUGGAGGACCAUAGCUGGGAGGCCUGAGGAGGCUUGGCAGAUGCUGCCCCCUGGUGGCCUUGGAAAGCCUGGCCCAGGCCUGGCCUUCUUUGGGGGCCCAUCGGUCCCGGCCAUCUGCUGGCUCACAGGAGACAACUGUGAUCAGAAGAGUGAACUCAGAUAUGGAGCCUCGACUUGGAAGCCCUUCUGUGCUGCCUCCCUACUACCAGCCUAGGCGACAGCCCACCCUGUGGCCCGCCCUGGCCGCUCUGGCCCUGCUGAGCAGCAUUGCGGAGGCCUCCCUGGGCUCCGCACCCCGCAGCCCAGCCACCCGCGAAGGCCCGGCUCCGGUUCUGGCACCCCCCGCCGGCCACCUGCCGGGGGGACGCACGGCCCGUUUGUGCGGCGGAAGAGCCCGGCGGCCGCUGCCCCAACCUCCCCGGCCCGCGCCGCCCCUGCCAGCGCCACCUCGUGGGGGCCGCGCGCCGCGUGCGGGCGGCCGGGGGAGCCGCGCGCGGGCGGCGGGGGCGCGGGGCUGCCGCCUGCGCGCGCAGCUAGUGCCGGUGCGCGCGCUCGGCUUGGGCCACAGUUCCGACGAGCUCGUGCGUUUCCGCUUCUGCAGCGGCUCCUGCCGCCGGGCGCGCUCCCCGCACGACCUCAGCCUGGCCAGCCUGCUGGGCGCCGGGGCCCUACGGCUGCCCCCAGGCGCUCGACCCAUCAGCCAGCCCUGCUGCCGACCCACUCGCUAUGAGGCAGUCUCCUUCAUGGACGUCAACAGCACCUGGAGGACCGUGGACCGCCUCUCAGCCACCGCCUGCGGCUGCUUGAGCUGAGAGCUUUCUUAACGGGUUUGCAGACUGGACCGGUACCCAUGGAUCUUCCUGUUUGGGAUCCUCCCGCAGGGACCCACUAGUCAGGGGCCUCAGUCAGAGAUGGAGGCCUCAGAGCUGAUACCCCAGCUGGGUGAUGGAUAUCAGCUAUGUAGAGAUGGACCCAGGCAAGGAGCAGCAGCCCCAGGGGCCUCACCCUGCAGGUCCCAAUCCCACAGACACCUGCAAUGGAGACCUCAGCUAUGGAGACACCUUAGGACCUACUGCUCACAGACUUUGGCACUGACCAGGCCAUAGACCCUGGAUCCCCACUCUGGAGAAUCCAGCAGUGUCUGAGGCCCCAGCCCAGCCCCGUUGGAUGAUGGAAUUUGGAGGAGACUUUACAGUUGCAUGGCUGAAAGUGCCUGCACUGGAACUGACUUUGUACUCACUAGUGGGAGCUGGAGCCCUAUUUAUUUAUAAGUUAUUUAUUUA